AUGAUUCGAUUUGGAGCAGUUCUUCUAUGUGCGCUUUCCCUGUUGAUUCAAGCAACUACUGCAACGGACUUUGCGCUAGUUUGGGAUAAUGCAUUGUAUGGUGGCAUUGUUGCCAAUCCCGGUGAUACGGUAACCUUCACAUACGGUGCAAAUAGUGAUCUUUGGAUCCAUCCGACAGGAAGUUGUGAACAGAGUGGAAGAAUUCAACUCGGUGGAUUUGGGCCUGGUUCAGCGUCCUACAAUUUUACGGAUUCAGAUCUUGGGUCUCCUGUCACCUUUGCAACAAGUGUAGAGGACAAUUGUGCAAAUGGGCAAAUCAUUACCUUUACAGUUGUGCCAACCACUGAGCAACCUUCCACGACCCCAACAAGCUCACCAUCGACGAGGCCAACCAUUGCCCCAACCAUCGAGACGCCAUCCCCCACCGGUCUUCCCACAAGAGUUCCUACGACUCCGUUUCCAACUAUCAGUCCGACUGGCUUUCCCACUAUCGUGGGUGCGACAAAGUUCGAAUUGACUUGGUUCGUCGCGGCAUAUGGUGAUGUCGAAGCCGUGCCAGGAGAUUCGGUGACAUUUACCUAUGACGAAUUCAGUGAUGUUUGGAUUCACCCUUCCGGCGACUGUAGUCUGGAUGGAAGUAUUUUUGUUGGGCCAGUUGGACCUGCUUCUGUUACCUAUCGGUUCACCGAAGAAGACGCUGGAAAAACCAUUACAUUCACCAGUAGCGUCAGCGACAACUGCGCGCAGGGUCAGAUCAUCAAUUUCGAAGUUGCGGGUCGACCUACAACACCAACAAUGGCUACUCCGGCACCAUCCAUUGCUCCUCAAACCGCUGCACCUAUCCUUGCUCCAGUCAGGCCCUUGCCUACUGCUCCACCAGUUGUCACUCCAACAAAUGCCCCAGUCGCACCUGCGCCAGUUGCACCACCAGUGAUGGCCCCAGUAGCACCUCCUGUGGCGGGACCCCCAACAGCAACUAGUGCCCCAGUGGAUAGUGGUACUCCACCAACGGUACCAAGUCCUCCAGUAGACACCCCUACCCCUCCCGUUGAUACCCCUACAGCUCCAAGUCCUCCCGUCGAUACCCCUACAGCACCAAGUCCUCCCGUUGAUGGCCCUACAACAACAGCUCCUCCAGUUGAUGGCCCAACAGCACCAAGUCCUCCCGUGGAUAGCCCAACAGUGACACCUGGAGCUCCUACCACAGCGCCAGUAGUACCAUUAGCGACAACAGUGAGUGCAACGGACUUGAGUCAAACACUUCUAGGCAUGACGGCAUGCGACACUGCUUGUCAAGAUGCAUGGAUCGCCCAAAUGUUCGAAACGACAACGGAGUAUUUCUCAGCUUCGAACCCAGAUAUCACUCUCCUGGCCAACACACCAAAGAUCACUAAUGUGGACGUACCCAGGAGGUUGCGAAGAUUGCAAGAUGGAGAAUCUGGAGUCGAAAUCACUUACGAUCACACUUUUGAAUACAUUUCUUCAAGUGGUGCAGAAUUAGAGGGAAAUGAUUUGGCCACGCAACCACUGGCAAAUGACGCUGAUCGUACCCAGUUUUUGGCUGAUCUCAAGGGUAGAGGCGAAAGCUUUAUUGAUCUUACUGGAGUAACUGCAACUGAUGUCUCAACCCCACCAGAAACUCCUACCUCCCCUCCAACAAGAGCGCCAUCUGUUUCUACAGCUGGCACUGGUGAAGAAGAACCUGAAGACGAUGACUCGCUCCUUUCGAAUACAUAUGUUCUCAUUGGUAUCGGAGCUGCUGUACUUGUGCUUUUAUUUAUUUGUUUGAUGUGCUGCCGAAAGGGGAGAAAGAAGGCCCCAGCAAAAGAAAAGGUGGCCUCACCAAAAGCAGCAGCCUCGCCAAAGUCCUCCAAUGGUGCAAGAAGCGUUCAAGAAGACAGUGUCUCUGAGGCUCCUACCACCAGAGAAGAACUCAUUCAUGUCUUUGCACCACCAGGCAAACUGGGAGUGGUGAUUGAUACACCCAGUGACGGGGCAUCAUUUGUGCAUGCAGUCAAGCCCACUUCCAUUAUUGCUGACAGGAUAAAGGUUGGCGACAAGUUGGUUGCUGUGGAUGACGAAGAUGUGAGGAAACUGUCCGCCAUCAAUGUGUCUAAACUCAUUGGAAAGAAGAGUUCACAACCUACACGAAAGCUAACUGUCCUCCGAACCAUCUCUGUAGAAAGUCCAUGA